CAACUGAACUGAACCGCUAAAAGUGGUGAAGUGUCAUGGUGGACGUGAUGUGGUGGGUCGUCGCCGAAUUUGUGUUUACAUUCUUUUGCAGAUGCAAGAUGUAAUAUUUACAUUAUGAGUGAAGAUUUGGUUAUUUCAGACGUAAACGACAUUUGUCGUUUAUGUUUGAAGGGAGAUGGAACGAUUAUCCCUAUAUUUGGACGAGAAAAUACAUCAAGAGACUGCAUACCUCUGUCCAAGAAGAUUCUUGACUGUGUUUCUAUUAAGGUGUCAGAUGGAGAUGGUCUACCAAGUAUGAUCUGUGUGGGAUGUGUACAUCAGGUGGACUCUUGGCAUGGAUUCAAAAACGUCUGCGACUCGUCUAAUAACAAGCUUAUGUCUUGGCUUCAGAAAACAAGGCCAGACAUUUAUGAAAAGAAUCUUGCUGAAAACAGGCGUCAAAACCAACGUAUGACCCAGUCCUCAACCAUCAUUGACUUGUCGAGUGAUGAUGAUGAGAUAAUCAUAACUCAACCUCUAGUUAGGAAGAUCUCAGAUAGAAAUGAACAAAGAAUUCGUCAUAGGCCUUCUAGUCACCGUCAUAAUAUUGAACUGAUAUCACUCGGAACUGAUGAGAUUGAGAUCUUACCGAUAGACGAUGGUCGUGUAUGUGAGAAAGGAAAUAGCCACCUGCAGAACAAUAACAUUCCUUCAGGAACUCCAGAACAUAGUACUAACGAUGAUGUUACCGAAUCCGACGUUUCCGAAGAUCACAUACUCCCUGAUGUACCUGAAAACGAUGAAGAUGAAGAGGACACACCGAGUAAAGAUAACACUGGAGUCAGACUGCAAGACAACGAUCUACAAAAAGAAACAACUUCCAGCAACAUCUUAUCAGAGACACCUGAAUGUGAACAAUCCAAGGAAAAUGAAAAUGUUGAGCAAGUUCAGAUAAACGAUUUCAGUGUGAUGUCUGAAAAUAACAACUCGGGUCCACAAGAAGUUGACGCGUUAGCCGAGAAUUGCAAUGAAAGCCAAGAUCCAUUAGACAAUGCAGACUCGGCAAACUGGUCACCAUCCGAAGUAGUUAGAGAGACCUCUGACAUCGAAGGAAUUGUGCCCUUGAACAAAUCUUCAGGGGAUGUAACAAAACGUGUUGUCAAUGAUACCACUACAACGGUGGAUGAAAAUUCCAGUAGCACCAAUAAAGAAAACUCUAUUGAGAAACUAAAUGAAGUCCAUGCUGAGAAUACUGUUGAAAAUAAUUCGUCACUAGUUAUCGAGGAAGUGACUUCUCUUACGAACCACGACUGUGAGAGGGUUGCUGCCAGCAGCUCCAGUUGGGAUAGAGACGUCCAAGAAGAGGUUUCAGGAGAUGAAGAUGACCUCAGGCCAGACAUCAUCAUGUGUGAUCCAUCAAUGGUGUUGAAUAUUAAAGAAGAGCCACUGAGUGCUGGUGAAAUAACGGGAGAUGAAGAUGAUCCUCUCAACUUCCAGAGUAUCACGAUUAAAACCGAGCCUCUGGACUGGACAACCGAGUUGGUGGAUGUUAAACCUAGUGUUCGGAUGCUCAAUGAAGCUAUGGACAACCAAUACUUGCAAUAUACCCCAAAGAGAUUGAAGUGCGGAAAAGUUUAUUGUGAACCUUGCCGUGUUUCAUUUAUAAAUGAUGUGUACUACGACAGGCAUACUAAAUCUCUAAGACACAAACUUAACUACAAACUUUUUCGGUCAGGGAAGGCUCCGACCAGAAAGCGCGGAAAAACUCUAGUGCAGGCCAUCAUGGGAAAUAGUUACGAUGAAAGGGCCGGAGCGAAAGGACCGUUUUAUUGCAACCAGUGUCCUAGUGCUUUUAAGCACUUGAGAAACUUAAAAACGCACAUGAAAAAACAUCAGGCUCCGGGUCAGACUGCGGAAACGGCUUCUCAAGAUUCUCGUGACUCGCAACCUUCCACACACUCUGAAGGGCGGUCUUCCAAACCUCCAACAAGACUGAGUGCUCUUAAUGUGAGGUUCACCGAUUGUGAUGAAAUCAACCAGUGUGAUCUGUGUGACCAGACUUUCCUGUCGCUUCCUGCGUUAGUUUCCCACAAAAGGUUCUGUGGCACCUCGGACACGCGAGUUUGUAACUGGUGCCAACAAAACUUUACCACAACUUCCUUGUUUAUGAAGCACAGGAAAGAGUGUUUAAAGCGAUACAGACAGCAGCAGGUAUUCAACGCAUCGCAGUACAAUCUCGUAAAGAGCAGUCCCUCACCGGUGCCGAUGUCGACCAGUUCCUCCACUCCGGUGCCUCGAGACGGUACUGUCCUUGCCUGCACACUGUGUAACUUGACAUUUCAAUCUUCCCCUGACUUGAUCAGUCACAUGCAACAGAAUCAUAUGGACUUUGGCAAACCAAGGUCUCCAGCGGAACUGCCCAACUUCACUAAACCCAACCACUUCAGCCGUCUGAAUGACAGUAGGCUUCAUUAUUGUAAAUACUGCUUAAGAUCGUUUCCUAGUCAUGGUGCACUCGCUAGUCACACAGGAUAUCACGCCAGGAAGAGUGUCUAUUGCUGUAAAUUCUGUAAGCAAAGCUUUAGAGAUAAACUGACAUUCCGACAGCACAUGAAAGUACACAUUGGCGAUCCCAACUUAAACAGGAAUAUCUGUUGGAUUUGUUACACACCGUUCAGUUCGCAAAAGGAUUUAAUCGAUCAUAAAGCCGUUCAUGUCAAUAUUAAAAUGAAAAUAUUCUCAUGUGGUUUGUGCAAUAACUCGUACAACACAAGGGAGCUGUUGGCAAAGCACAAAAAGACAGCUCAUGAUGUUGGAUCCACAGAGGCGUUCGAUGAAGAGUCGGAACAGGUAACGGAGUCUGAAAUGAGGAGGGAGUCAAAAGUAGAAAUUAUGGAUGAAGACAACAAACUCUUCAAGUGCAGGAUCUGCAAGAAAAGGUUUACAACGAUAGGUAAUUUAAAACGACACGGUCUUAUACACAAAAGACCUGUUUUUAUGAGCAACCUUAGCGCGUUGAGUUCAGAGCACUCUUAUCAACACCGUUGUGUUUGGUGUUUCAAGACUUUCAAGACCAACAGUGGUCUGUUAAAUCACAGACCGUAUUGCACCAAGGUGAAGACUGGAGGCAUUCCGUUUGUGAACAGUGCAUUCCCGGGCAACGGUACCAGUAAACCUCUGAGAUGUAAAGGGUGCAAAAAGUGGUUCGCCUCGAAGAACUCUUUGUAUAAGCACAGAGUUAUGAAGAGAUGCAGGGGCCCUCCUCCACCUCCACCACUGGUGAUGGUGAGCCAGUUGCGGUCCCAGGCUUGUCCCAGCUGUGACCAACAAUUUCUGAGCGAGGAAAGUCUAAACAGACACAAACAGCACUGUAAGCCGACCAUAGAACGACUGACCUGCGAUUGUGGAGAGGUUUUCGGUUCCAUAGAACAGAAAGUGGAACACGCAGAUGCUUGUGUGUCAAACUGCACGUGUAAGAAUUGCAAUGUGAAGUUCAACAGCCCGGAAGAGUUGGAGUCCCACCAGCUAGUGUGCCAGACACACGUGCAGACACAACGAGAAGAGCCAGUUAUACUUGAAGACAGACUUCCUCCUGUAGUGUGCACCAAGUGUAACAAGAAGUUCGUUUAUGCAAAGUGUUUACAGAUUCACGAAGAUAAAUGUCUGUAUGACCGAUGGCCCUGUAGUAACUGCAUGGAGAUAUUUCCUACUGAAAGUGCCCUCAACACCCACAAAAGUCACAAAACUUGCCAGAGGUUGAAUAGAGCUCUCUCUUCGAAUUCUCUCAAUGACAGCCAGACUCUGAAGUGUGAGAAAUGUGCACUAAGAUUUGUAUCUAUUACCGAUCUCAAACAACAUUCUGCUUCUUGUGAAAAGCGUCCUCCGAUGAGGAGACGAGAUCUCAGUUCAGUCCAUCGUCCCUUCAGUUGUGAUCUCUGUGACAAGGCGUUUCUGUGGAAAGCGAAUCUGAUCCGUCACAAGAAAAUCAUUCAUCAGAUCACAAACUCAUUUACAGGUGAAUCCUCGGCCCAUAAUCUGACCUCACCAGCCAAGAGUGAAUCGCCGGUCUUCGAGAGAGAAACAGGUGUUUUCAAAUGCGCACUCUGUCCAGAUAUAGUGUUCCACAAACAACAAGGUCUUCUGGAGCAUCAGCUAACGCACGAGCGCCAGGAUGGGAACCGGUUGGAAAGUUCGAGUGGAGAAGGUACGGGAAGUGGAGUCAUGCUGACGUGUGAACUCUGUGACAAACAGCUACCGGAGGCCUUAUACCCGAUGCACAUGGAUGAGCACAUGAAUGAUGAUUUUGAGGAGAUGCAAGAAGCUCAACACGAAGUCUCGAGCCCUAAAUUCGCGUGUGAUAUUUGUGGUAAAGAGUUCUAUACCGCUCAAAGUAGGAAAAGUCACAGAGCCACCCACUACAGAGCCGGGGAUGUUUUGGCACAUUUAUCCCCGAAGAAAGUGCAGAGCAAACGGACUCUAAAAGUGAAACACAUUCGGUGCAAUAUAUGCAACAAGUUAUUGUCUAUAAAUUCUAUGCCGAAACACAAAAUGAUGCAUUUAAGGGAAGAAGCCGAGUUUUACGGCAACGACGAAAGCUCCAGUCAGAGCAAGUCGGUCGCCAACACGCCGAGAAGUUCCACUCCCAACUUGAUCGAGCUUACUUCUUCUCCAGAAGAUAACGAAGAAGACGGUAACUCAAUAUUUCCCUGUCCAAAAUGUGACAAAACUUUCAGGCUUCGUAAAUCGCUAAUAGAGCACUUAAAAGCGCACCAGGAAGACAGUUACGAAACGGAAAGUACGUCUUCAAAUACAGGGCCUGCUGACCAAUACCCUUACAAAUGCCUUUAUUGUGACCUGUCUUGGAAGUUUAAAAGUGUAUAUGAAAGACACCUCGGCUCCAAGAAGCACUUGGAAAUACAGAAACAGUUGUCAGGUAUUAUUUAACAAUAAGAUCUCACCUUUAAGGUGAAGUUCUAUUUAACUGAACCAGAUUACCAAACUGUCCCUGUGUCUACCGGGUAGUGGAUCAACCAUUCUUGUAACUCUUUCGCUAAAAAGUAUAUUAUAGAAUCUAUUGUAUAAUUUGUUAAAGACAAAGCCUAGAGCAGCAGAAUGUAAAUAUUUUAUAUAGGUGGUGCGUUUAGAAUAAUUGUACAGUUACAUUUGUGAAUAUUUCCCAGUUCACUUUAAAAUAGUUUACAUCAGAGUGUAAUGUGGUUUACUGAGAUAAAGUGUAAAUCAAAGUGCUAAUUUUUGUUAGCCUAGUUUGAUUUUACAAGAUUCAAACCUUAGUCUAUAAGGCUAACGAGUUUAGUUCAUUGUACAGACUUUUGUUACUAUUUAGUUCUUUUAUCAAAUUCAGAAUUUCGCCAGAAGACUGAGAUGAGUGUAUGAAAUAGCUGUUUUAUUAUUGCUAAAUAGAUACGUGGAUGUUUUUUAUUGCAAUCAAUACUCAAUUUUGUAUUAUAAUUAAUACGUUUUAUGUGAUUUUGAAUUAGAUUCUGUUUCAUUGCAGCAUAAAAGUGUCAAAAUUUAGUGAUAUCAAUGUUAUUUGUUUUCCUGUCGCGUUUGCAUAAUGUUGACAUUAUGAAGAAGUAACGCCAGGAAGCAUUUUGGUAAUUGUUAAGUUACUCAUUCAUUGAUGCAGAACUGCGUUCCUUUCUUUCGGGUCGAGUGUAAGAAAGAACUCAAUGAUCCUAACUUUGCUCGAUAACAGAAAUUACUAAUUUCUCCAACUAAGAUGUAAUUGUUGUAGGUAUUAAACAAAUUCAAAACCUCAUUUUUGUGUCAAAAAUGAUUAGCUCAAUGGUUUAGUUUUGUAUUUGGAUUUAUUGAUAUUGGCAUGUCAUAGCAGACAAAUGAAUUGUUCUGUAGUGACCAGAAAGUGCAGAAGAUUUGCAAUAACAAAUAUUGUUCCUACAACUCUAUAUAAGUACAAUGCUAUUUUUAGUUAACUUUUUACAGACCUUAAAUUUUAUUGAGGCCAGUCUGUGUAGUCCACAUGUUACCUGUAAAUUUCUGUUGUAUUGUUUACAGUUUUGUUCACCUGUAAUCUCAACUUGAGAUGUAGUUACCAAUUAUAUUUUUGUUUUUUCAUAAAAAUAAUAUUAACACUUUAAUUGUACUAUAGACUGUUAUGAAUUGUAUAUGAGUUUAUUUGUUUUUCUGUGAAAUACAAUAAAAACAUUGUUUGUAUUAUAAUCUGUACUCAGCUAGCCAAUCCUAUCGGUUGUUAUCAUAAUACUAUGAUUUGUAGAAUGUACAAAUAACUGCCUCAUUGUAAUAUAUAUUGUGUAAGUAUACUGUAUUAUACACUGCAAUAUCAAAAAAUGAAACAUUUUAAAUUUUACAGAGUAAAGUUUCUUUAGUGAAUACUGGAAGUAUAUGUGUAAAUUGUUGCUAUGAUAAAGAUAAAUUAGUUUUGUCUAGUCAGCCAUGUUAAAUUUAAAACUUUACACUAUUAGAUGUAUUUUUGGUCCUAGAUUGGUUUGGUUAUAUUGUGGCUUAUCCUGACAAUCUAAUUAUUUUGUUAGGAAGUGAUAGAUUUUGCCAUCUACGAGGUGUGAUUGGGAAGUUUUAAGAAUGGGCUUGUAAUGGUAAAAUGGUGGUACUUAUAUGCUACUGUGAUGUGUCUCCUUCUUAUCGUACACUCCGACUCCAAUGGUGGUUCCACUUUUGGAAACGUUCCUGGAAAUCUUUUUCCAAAGUGUGUUAAGGACGCUCUCCGUAUUUGCUGGGAUGUCUUACAUCGAGUCAAAUCACUUCCCUCUCACUGAAAAUUUCAGUUUAGGAAACAGGUUGAAGUCCACAGGGGCCAUAUCAGGAGAAUAUGGCGAUUGUAAAAGCACAAAAGUUUUGAAUUUGGUUAAAAAUUCAACAAUGGGGAAGGCACAAUGAGCGCUAUAGCUGGAGAACACAUUUGUAGUAUUCCUGGUUAAUUGUCUGUCUUCCAGGUGUAAAUUCACAAUACUGGUAGAAUAAAAAUGAUCACCAACAUUGUCUUCACCUUCGGGUGACUUUGUCGUGCUUUUUUCAGUCGUGGUGAACUUGGAGUCUUCCAUUUCGAAGACUGCACUUUAAUUUCAGGACCAUAUCUAUAUACCCACGUUUUGUCACCCGUAAUUAGCCUAUCUAACAAAUUUGGGUCAUUUGUUGUCCGUUUAAUCAAUCCUUGGCACACUUCAAGUCGGUGUUGUCUCUGAACACUUGACAACACUUUUGAAAUGAAUUUUGCGGACACUUGGUGCAUGCAGCAAUUAAAAUUUACUGAAUCGCAUAGAAACUUAAUUAAGUUCAUCAGCCAUCUCCCUAAUGUAAGUCUACGAUCAGAGCGCACUAAGUCGCGAACUUUCCCAACAUUUUUAUUCUAUUUGAGGUGGAAGAACGGCCAGACCGUGGUUCAUCUUCAAAUAAUCUCGCCCAUUUUUAAAUCUGUUGAACCAGACGAAAACAUUUCACUGCCUUAUACAAUUAUCUCCAAAAGCUGUUUUAAUAGUUUGUAAGUUUCAGAAGCUGGUUUUGCCGGUUUUAAAACAAAAUUUCACACAAAAUUGUUGCUCCGUUUUUACUUCCAUUUUAAUGUAGACAGAAUCCGGCAACAAGCACUAACAGACCUGCACUCAACUAGCUGCCAUAACGAACUGAAUAAAGAAAACACAGUUCUUGUCAGAGGGCGUUCAAGGACAAAGCAAUGACUCACUCCCCACCCUCCGUGUACCUACCCACCAAACCAGUAAACAAUAGCAGAUCCAUUCUUAAAACCUUCCAAUUACGCCUCAUAGGUCAUCUACAGGCUGUAACUAGGUAAUGAUAUUUUUUCUUGAAUUUUUUUAUGGAGAGGCUGGUCCUCUUUAAGCCUUAUUCUGCCCAUCCCCCACUGGCCUGUGUGAGGAUCUUAUCAAACGGAAUAAGGGGGUGAGUCGAUACAGUACAAGGUCGAUGGUACUGAUAAAAAGUGCUACAGUCAGACAGAAAUUGAACCCAUGCUAUUUCUAACUCGCAUCUAAAGUGCUACGUCUUAGACUGCUCGGCAUUUGGUACUCCCAAAUAUUCGUCUUGUAUGUACAAAUUGAUAAACACACACACAAAUAUAAGUAAAUAAAAGAUGACAUACAUGUAAUUGUAAUAUAAUAAUAAUACCAAGAUACAGCCUAAAGAUGGUCAACAGGGCAGAAUUAAUUGCUGUCUUAAAAUAUAAUUGUAUUUGUCAGUUAAACCAUUACAAAUUUUUAAUUGGUAAUUUUUAAAUACAAAUGUCUUAAUUUUUGCAUACGUUUCUCUGUAAAGUAAUGGGACUGUGGGGUCUGGUACAAAAAUUAUUGAUCCAUGAUGAUUCUUAUUUUUAAAAGUCCCCUUGGAUCAGAUUUGUUUCCGUAUCCCACUGUGGUUUCUUGGUGGGAAUUUAAUUGAUGCAAGUUUAAAACAGAGUAAGAAUAGAGUACAUGUGCAAUUUUCAAGUGGAUUUGAGCAGGGUGAACAAAUAAGACCUUACGAUCAUGUCACUGUUCUGGAUUCCCUUUCGUGAAGUGGAAGUGUAUCCAAUCUUUAGUUUACUUGCAAUAUAGAUGCUCAAUUUUGAUGAAUUAAAUGUACUUUUAUUUUGGUCGAGUCCAACUGUGUUGGAGACUAAAUACUGAUUAUUGAUUAUUAUAUAUUGUGCAGAGCUGCAUGAUUGCUGUUAUUGACUAACUUUUAGUAUCUACCAAAUGAAAAUUUAAAUUAAAAUCCAACAUUCAGUGGUGUAGCUAGGGAGGGGGGGGUGAAGGGGGAUAGAAACACCCCCCCCCCAAGAGCCCUAAAAAUUAUGUUUUUAAAUGUAUAUUGUAUAACAACUUGUUUUCAAUACGGCAGUAUUUACUUUGAACUUUUAAUUUUAUUUUAUAUUUUGGAUUAAGCCAAUUUAAUUCAUUCAUAUUUAGAUUUUCUCAGAUUUAUUCCAUACCUCAGAGUGUAGUGUGCUCUUAAUCAAACACAUCCCCCUCCUCCAAAGAAAAGUCUUAGUUACGCCACUGCCAAAACUAAUAGCCAGUCUGUUAUUGUAAACUUUGUAUUUGUUAGGAAGAGCCGAAGGCCUUGGUUUUCAUUGGUAAUGACCAGUGCUAAUAUUGUAAAAACUUUAUUUAAAGGUUCCUUAAUUUUACAAAGAAAUUGUUUUUUUAAGAUAACUUAUACUCUAUGACUGGAUGUGUUUAAAGUGGUCAAACAUUUCACAAUUUUCCUUAAAGGAAAUAUACAUUUGUAGUUAAUGUUCUGUUCGUAGUGCAUUCACAGUUUACAAACUAACGUUAAAAAAUAUACAGAGUUCUUACCUUUAUAGUGUUUACAUUUGACUAGCGUACAAAAAAUUAUAGUAACUUGAGAGAAUUUUUAAUUUCAAAUAUUAAAAGUUACUUGUUGGUUUUUAGCAACAUAAACUUUUGUUAUUUUUAAAACAUAAUUAAUAACAGGCAGAGUAACUGCAUUAAUAAUUUAGUGAUUAUAUAACAUUUAUAUGUGCAAUACCAAACAUUACGGACUUUAGUGAUGGAUAAGUAAUACAUUUUAUAUUGGGAUUGGGUUUUAAAUAUAGAUAAACUUGCAGUUUUAAGUUAUCAUCGAACAAUCACAGGGAUUUAAUAAAUUACACUUUUAAAGGUAAUUUUAAAAUAAUCACAUUUUAAAUAUUAUCAAUGUUGUAGUGUUUUAGUGGGCUCUAUCACAGUUUAGAUUCACAACCAACUCCCAGUUUGAUGGAAACAACUGAUAACACAAAACAAGUAAAUAAUUAAAAGUAAAGACUAAACCUGAUGUAGUUUCAACCAUCACAGUUAUAUGUGCAACUGAGUUUAUCCCUACACUAUGUUAUUGACUCGAUAAUACGAAUUCCUGUAAGUUGUAUGGCGGAGAUUAGUCACUAGAUUAGGAUUUCUAUAUGCCGCAAGUUAUUUUCAAUUUGAAAACUAAAAUAAAACUGUGUGUUUGUUGUAAAAGAGUUUAAUCAUGUAUAGUGCUUUUGGUAAAUGUUUGUAGAAGUUAAUUUUUAUACAAAUCCUGUGCUGAGUGAAAUUUAUUUGUGUGAAGUAACUAAGUUAAUUUUUCAGUGUAAUUGUUUUUAUGUAAAUACAUGGUACAAAAUAUAUACAUAUAUAUAUUCUUAUGAACGAA